AUGGCGGAAUUUCUAGACGAUCUAGAUAACGACACCAUUUGCGGCGUUUGUAACGCAGAAUUUCUUGAUAUUGAUGAUUUAAAAUUACACAUUACUCAAUAUCAUUUAACAAAAACAAAUCAAAAUCGAUUUUGCAAGAUUUGUUCUACAAUCUUCGCUGAUAUUGACAGUUAUGCUUUACAUAUAAGAGAUGUACAUCUAAAUACAUUAAAAAGUUGUAAAUACUGUGUUAGAGUAUAUCUAGAUCAAGAUGCCUUAAUUGAACAUGAAAAGAGACAUAAAAGUGUUAAAUAUUUCCCUAAGCUGUCAUGUUCUCAGUGUGACACUAUUUUUCAAAGUAAAGAAGACUUACAAAAUCAUGAAUAUGUAAAUCAUAAAGAUAAUGAAGAUGGGUUUAUGUUACAACACUGUUUUGCUGCACUAUCAUCAUUUAUUAAUAUGAAUAUAUAUAAAUAUUUUGAAGCCACUCAACACCAUUUAUUAUUUGUCUGUACUGCUUGUGGAAGAUCCACUCCUGAAACAUCUACAUAUAUAUAUCAUUUAAAAACAAAGAACUGUCGGUCGCUAACUUGUGAGGAAUGUUGUGAUGUAUUUGCCAAGAAGUCUAAACUCAGGAAACACUGCAAAAACCAUAUUUGGCGUAAAGAAAAUAAAAGUUCAUCUAAAACACAAAAACAAUGUGUGAAGUGUAGCAAAUACUAUUCCUUUACAGAGAUAAAAUCACAUUUAAAAGCUUGUAACACUAUAAAAUGUCGCAAAUGUCCACUUACUUUCAGUUCAGUGAGUGAAUUAACACAGCAUAUAACUGUACAUUCUCAGAAUAUAUCUGUGUCGUUUAUAACUUGCAAAUAUUGUCGAAAACCUUUUAUUGGAAUGACUGCUCUCCGAAAGCACAUUGAACGAACACAUCAACAUAAUAUUCACUUAUACAAAUAUAAUUGUAUUUAUUGUAAUAUAAUUUUCAAACAUCCAAAAUUAUUAUUUGGCCAUUUUUAUACGAGGCACAAGGACAUACAGCCAUAUACAUGCAAAAUAUGCAAUGAAAAAUUUAGAAUAAGAAAAAGAUUUACAUUACAUAUAAAAUUGAACCACAAAAGUGUAGGGUUUGUUGAGUUUGAUGAUAAUUUUCAUGUUUAUUUUACUGAUAAAAAGUCCGAUAGGAAUGAAGGAACUUUAAAUAAGAAUGUCAAUUUGGAAAAAAAAAUUGAAACUACUGAUGUGGAAACUUUAGGAAAUGAAGCUAUGCCAAAUGAUUCUUCUAGUAAACUAAUUGAAAAAGAUGAGCAACAUAAACAAAUAAUGUUGGAUGAUGAAAUAAUAGAUGAUGCCACGGAAUGUUCUCUUGAAAGAACAGAUAAAAACCCGUUAUAUUUAGAAGACAAAGAUAAAAUUGAAGAAAAAAAAAAUGAAACUGUUAGCAAAGAUUCAAUUCAAACAAAAAUAGAAUGUAGGAAAACGAAUGAAAAAGAAAUUGAAAUAAUUAAUUUGGUAGGUACCCAAGACCAUGCUGACAAUACCUUGUUGGUAGAAGUAAAAAAACGUAAAAAUAAAAGUGCUGAAAGCAAACCACCUAAAAAGAAAUCAAAACUAGAAAAUGAUAGUUCAUCUGACGACUCAGAUGUGCCGUUAGCACAAAUAUUAGGUAAAAAAGAUAAACGAGUAUAUAAUAAGGUGCCAAGGAAAAAUUAUCGAAAAACAUUUAUGUGUAUAAAAUGUAACAGAAACUGUUAUACCUAUCAAAACUAUCACCGUCACAUGAGCUUACAUAAGAAAAAUCAGCGAAAAACAUGUAUCAAAUGCUUUAAAAACUUCAAAACUAAAGAAGAUCUGAAUAUACACAUGAAAUCAGAACAUUCUAGUUCCAAGCUAACCGAAACACUGAAAAAAAUUAUGGACGAACGCAAAAAAGCGCACCCUGAGAGCUAUGCUUCGGAGAAAUUUGCUAAAACUAUGACAAAAGUGCCAAUAGUGAUGACAGCAUCGCAAGCAGCAAUUACUAGAGUAGAGAAUAAGUUGUCUGUAAAGAAGUUCUUAGAAAACUUCAGUCCAGAAAUCAACGAAAACAAAGCAAAUAUUACCAACAAUCUCACUAUUAAACCAGUAUCUACUGUACGCACUAAACCAUUCAUAAAACUAACUAAAUUCACUCCAGAGCAAUCUGUGACUGAUCGUCCAAAAUUAAAAAUGCCAACAAAGUUUACAGAAGAAAGCACAGAAGAAUACAAUGUGUCGAUUAAACUCGUCCAUAGUGACUUGACUCCAACAUCUUUGAAUUUGAACAAUGAAAUCUCUACAGCCGACUUAAAUUAUAACAAUUUUGAUGAUCAAAGUAAAGUAGAUGCUAUACCAGAAGUGGGCCACGAGAUAAUGUUAGAAGAAACUGAAGUUAAAAAUGUGAAAUAUUUGAAAAAGACUAUAGUUAUCAAGGAUUUGUUAAAAUACAAUAAUGUUAGGAUUGGUCAUUUAGCACCACAAGCGCCAUUUUAUAAAAUAGUCAAAAUCGACGACAUUUUGGAAGAAAAAAAGGUUGAAAAUAAACCAGGUAAUGUACUUUUACCGAAUGGAACUAAAUUAGUGAAUGUGAAUCCCUUAGCGCAUCUUCUGGAUAGGAGAAGUAUCAAGGAAAUAUGCAGGUCUAGUCUGAACACCAAGUCGAAUACAAAAUUGCAAGACUUUAGCGAAGCCAUUGUUAAAGCUAUGACAGUUCUAGAAAAACCUAUGAAGAAGAAGAAGAAAAAUGUACCCGAAAAUACAUUAGAAAGU